AUGCCAGACGAUAUCGUAAAUAAAUCGGAUGAGUCGCAUCAAAUUGAAUUAAAAGCUCUGCGAUCUCAACGAGCUGUCAUUCUUGGGCAGCAAACAAAAGCCAAAAACUAUUUGUCCGCUAAUUUGAGUUCUCUUAAUCGCUUUCAGGUUGAAACCAAAUUGCAGAUGCUUGAAACCCAGAACAUCAACUUCGAGAAAGUGCAAUCCCAAAUUGAACGUCUUGAUGAAGAAGAACUUGCAAGCGGUAAAAGAGAUGCAUUCGAAGAAACGUAUUACGUUUUGCGGUCAGAUAUGCUCCAACAUCUGGACACUUUUUCGGCACCGAAUAGCACCAUCGCACCCAACAACAACACCAUUUCACAUAAACCUCGCUUGAAUUUACAAAAGUUAGCACUCCCAUCAUUCUCUGGAUCGUAUACAAAAUGGAUGGAUUUCUCAGAUAUGUUCAACUCGCUCAUCCACAAUAACAAAGAGCUCACAAACAUCGAGAGGUUCCAGUAUCUCCGAUCAUGCAUUCAUGGAGACGCUGCCAGAGUAAUUGAGUCUUUAGAAUGCACGAGCCAAAACUAUGAAAUUGCCCUCGAACUGCUCAAAUCUCGAUACGACAAUAAACGGUUUUUAUUUCAGGCACACAUCCAAGAAAUAUUCCAGUUGCACUCCAUAGCUAAACCAACUGUGGAAACUAUUCGUGGCAUGAUAGACACCAUCAAUGUCAACCUCCGAGCGCUCAAUUCAAUAGGCACAACAGAGCAAAUUGCUGAUGGAUUCUUGCUGCAUUUGAUACUGUCAAAGUUUGACAACGAGUCCCAAGCCAAAUGGGAAGACGAAAUAUCAGCCAGACAAGACCAGAAAGCGCUUAGCAAACUUACUCAAAACCUGGAUUCAACAACCUUGAGCAACAGUGACGGCUUUGAAUUCCCAACCUGGAAUGAUCUUUGCACAUUCAUGGAGAGGCGUUGUAAAACUCUUAACAUCAUCGAAGCUAAAUCUCACCGCAGUUCGACAUCAGCCAUUACAUCGCAAUCGCAUCAAAGACCACAACAAUUGCAGUUGCAUCAUUUCACCAAAACAAGAACCCAAGAAGCAUUAUUCAAGAAUUCAUCUUUGCUUACAACCAACUCGCCUACAACCUCGACCUGUGUUUUUUGUGACCAACCAUCGCACAAUGCAUUCAGCUGUGAAAAGUUUAUGAAUAUGUCACCAAUUAAUCGCUUCAAGCUCGCCAAGGAAUUGAAAUUGUGCCUUAAUUGCCUACGAGCACGUCAUACAAUACAGAAUUGCAACUCUACAAACAAAUGCCAACAAUGUGGUAGCAGUCAUCACACCUUGCUGCAUCGUGAGCGCAUUAUACCUGACAUUUCUCAGCCUCCUGCGCCAUCAACCGCAGUUGUCCAGCAAAUUGCACAAAAUCAAACUAAUCAACACCCUUUGUCUUCAUCUACUUCUUUACAGGCAAGCCAUACUGACAACGUCAAUCGAGAUGCGGGCUACGUAUUACUUGCUACUGCACUUGUUAAUCUUUCCAAUAAAGGAGGUACAUCUGUAGUUGGUCGAACACUACUCGAUUCAUGCUCCCAAAUGAAUUUCAUCACUGAGCAUAUUGCACAGCACCUCAAGUUGAAUCGCAGUCGCACUUACCUAGACGUCAAUGGAAUUGGACAAGUUAGCACCAUUGCUUACCAAAGGGCACAGCUAUGCGUUUCAUCACUCAAUAAUUCAUUUAAGGUAUAUCUAGAUGUAAUUAUACUUCCAGAAAUCACGUCACCUCAACCAAGUCGUCAUCUAAACAUCAAAAACUGGAAAAUUCCCACCAAUGCUCACUUAUCAGAUCCUCGAUUCAAUCAACCUGGUGCUGUUGACUGUCUUAUCGGCGCAGGGAUUUACUUUGAUCUACUACAAGUGGGUCAAAUAAAAUUAGGAGAACAUCUACCAAGUCUACAGAAGACAUCACUGGGAUGGGUUGUAGGUGGUACAAUCAAGAAUAAUCCAGAACACACAAACUCGUUAGACAUCGCACCAGUUGGACCAAAAUCACCUAGCAUCAACUAUGCCUGUUUCACCACUACUACUACACCACUGGAAGACGAACUCCUACAAAGGCUUUGGAUUAUCGAAGACAAUUAUGCAUCAACAAAGGAACUCUCAAUAGAAGAAGAGGAAUGUGAGACAUUCUUCAAAUCCACAACAACACGGUGCCCAUUGACCAACAAAUUCAUCGUACGAUUGCCAUUUCGUGAGGAUCGCACAUCGCUCGGAAGUUCAUAUGAAAUAGCAAAAAGGCGGUUAGUAUCCAUUGAGCAUAAAAUAUAUCGUUCUCCAUCUUUACAGAAAGAUUAUUGUCACUUCAUUGAUGAGUACGCAAGAUUAGGUCACAUGUGCAAAUUGGAUGCAGCAGAGGCUAUUCACAAGAACGUUAACUACAUUCCUCAUCAUAGUGUCCUGAAGCCUGAUAGCUCAACAACCAAAUUGCGCGUCGUUUUCGACGCAUCGUGUAAAACAUCAUCAGGCAAAUCGUUGAAUGACAUUCUGAAGGUCGGUCCAACUCUUCAAGAUGACAUCUUCACCAUCCUCGUUCGCUUUCGCACCCAUCGUUUCGUAUUAAUGGCAGAUAUAACCCAAAUGUAUCGACAAAUUCUGGUGAGUCCUAAAGAUACUAACUCGCAAUGUAUUUUGUGGCGUAACUCCAAAACGAAGGCAAUCGAAACCUAUAAGCUAAAAACAGUUACCUAUGGUACCAGUUGUGCCCCAUACUUAGCAGUGAGAUGUCUUCGAUUACUAGCAGAAGAAAAUUCACAACAGUUUCCCAUCGGUUCUGCCAUUACACUGCGUGAUUUCUACGUGGAUAACUUGAUGUCAGGUGCUAAUGAUCGCAGUGAGGUAAUCAAAAUCAAAGAGGAGACGACUAACUUGCUCCUGAGUGCAGGCUUUCACCUUCGAAAAUGGGCAUCUAAUGAUCCCACCAUUAUAGCAGACAUUCCAGAAGAAGAUAAGGAAUCUUUCAUUGUUCUAGGAGACAGUGAAAUCAUCAAAGCUCUUGGAAUGGGAUGGGAUCCAAAGGAAGACACCUUUCGUUUCAACUACAUCGAGUCUCCAAGUCGCAAAUCAAAUAAACGCACUAUUCUUUCGCAAAUUUCGCAAUUCUAUGAUCCACUUGGCCUCAUGAAUCCCUUCAUCGUAAAGGCAAAGAUCUUCAUGCAAACACUUUGGAAACUCAAACUACAUUGGGAUGAGAGUCUUCCAGAAGAUCUUCACACUCAAUGGUUGGAAUAUAGGAAUCACCUUAAUGACAUCAUCCAAAUAAAAAUCCCUCGGUAUGUAUCACUUUGCAAUUCUAACACACAAAUCCAUGGUUUUUCAGAUGCUAGUACCAAGGCCUAUGGAGCAUGCGUUUACAUCAGAACAAUUAGCAAAGAUGGAGCGAUCUCAUCGAACUUGGUUUGUGCAAAAUCAAGAGUAGCACCGAUUAAAGAGAGAACAAUUCCCAAACUUGAACUUUGUGCAGCGCUGCUACUUGUCGAACUUCUGGACAGAGUCACAAGCAUUCUUGGGAAAGAGGAAAUGCAAACCUUUUGCUGGACGGAUUCAACGAUCGUCCUGGCUUGGCUAGCAUCUGAACCAUGUCGAUGGACCACCUUCGUGAGCAAUCGAGUCGCAAAAAUCCAAACAUUCCCACAUUUCAUUUGGAAUCACAUUCCAACUUUGGAUAAUCCUGCGGAUCUGGUUUCUCGAGGAGUAUUUCCACAUGAGCUUAUUGGUAACAAGUUUUGGUUUCAAGGUCCUAACUUUCUGUUGUUAUCUGAAUUAGAUUGGCCCAAACUUCACAACAAAACCAACGAAGAAGAGAUUCCUGAAGAACGAAAACAAGUUAUAGUCCUUUUUGCACAGCGCACUUUUGACAUUAUCUUAAACUGCAAAUAUUAUACAAAUUUACCCAAAUUAAUUCGCAUAUUUUGUUACGUUCGCAGGCACAUUAACAACCGUGUCUUUAAAAAAACCAGGCCAAAAAUCAAUGGACCUAUAACAGCACAAGAAUUUGAUGAAACUCUGAUGUGUCUGCUCUGUACAGUACAACAUAAUACCUUUGCCGAGGAAAUCUACAACCUUAAAAGGGGACAGCGUCUUCAAUCAAAUCUACAACAACUUUCACCCUUCAUCAAAGAUGGACUCGUCCGAGUCGGAGGGAGAAUUGAAAACUCUCCACUACCAUAUGAUGCAAAGCACCCGAUUUUGCUGCCAAAAUCCCAUCCAUUCAUCUACUCUCUCAUUCGUCAUUAUCAUUUUACAAACAAACAUGCUGCGCCUCAAACACUACAUAACAUCUUGAGGCAACGAUUCUGGAUUCUGAACGUCAAAGGCACCAUACGGAAGAUUGUUUACCGAUGCAACAUGUGCUAUCGCAACAAACCUGUUCUGGCAACACAAAUCAUGGGAAACCUCCCAAGUGAAAGAGUGACACCCUCUCGUCCUUUUAGCAUAACAGGUCUAGACUACUGUGGACCACUAUAUGUUUCACAACGUAUUCGAGGACGAGGACCCUACAAAACCUAUCUGGCAAUCUUCGUGUGUUUCACCACUAAGGCCGUCCAUCUGGAAUUGGUAUCGGAUCUUUCAUCAUCAUCGUUUAUUAUGGCACUCAAACGAUUCAUUGCGCGCAGGGGUAAGUGCACAAAAAUUUACUCUGACAAUGCUACUAAUUUCACAGGAGCUAAUCGAGAACUUAGAGAAUUGCAUACACUGUUCAUGUCCGAGCAGCACAACGAAAUCGUUCGUCAAGAGUGUCUUCAAGAUGGAAUCGAAUGGAGUUUUAUUCCACCACGCUCCCCCAAUUUUGGAGGCCUCUGGGAGGCUGCUGUGAAGGUAGCAAAACAUCAUCUUCGACGUAUUAUUGGCCACUCUGUAUUAUCGUUUGAAGAGAUGACAACAGUUUGCUGUCAAAUCGAGGCAGUAAUGAACAGCAGGCCUCUCACUCCGAUGUCCAGUAAUCCCAACGACUUGACAGCUCUCACACCAGGACAUUUUCUUGUCGGAACACCACUUAUUAGUAUAGCAGAACCUCGCAUUGAACCUUGCAACAUUAGCAACCUCAAACGAUACCAAUACAUUCAAUGGAUUCAACAAAAUUUCUGGCGACAAUGGUCACAUGAUUACCUUCAGCAACUUCAACUUCGUAAAAAAUGGAAUUCUUCCCAACCCAACAUCCACAUUAACGAACUAGUUCUUUUGAAGGAAGAUAACACACCACCUCUUAAAUGGCCAAUGGGGCGAAUCAUUGGAGUCUAUACAGGAGCCGAUGGAAACAUACGCGUAGCUGAAGUCAAAACUGCCACAGGUGUCUACAAACGCGCUAUAUCAAAAUUGUGUCCAAUACCACUCGAACAAGAUCCUGAAGACACAAUCGAAGAAAUCACAACAAUUAUUCAUAAUUCAAUGUCAAUGUCAACAUCGAAUGUAGGCCAAGGCCAUGCAUUGAACUUCGCACAAUAUCAUCACCAUCAUCGGUCGCUCCCGAAUAGCGGUGGUUGCGACCGAAAAAUAGCAACAUCUUCAUCACCGAUAACUACAUAA